UUGUUUGUUUAAAGCCACACCCUUGGUUGGCCUUGGAAUCUCCUCCCUUAAGGUUAAGAAGCAAGCCAAGGAAUGACAAGGGUGUGAUUGUGAGUGUGGAGUAAUAGACAGGUGUUUAGACCUGAGUCUAGUCGUAGUGAGAGUUUGCUUGAUCUACAGCCUGUGUGUCACGGAGACUUCUGUAGAGGUGAAGUUACAAAAUGAGCCGCUACUCAUCAACCACUAAGACGUCCCUCCUGAAGGACAACAGCUGGAUCCGAAAAGCGGAUGAAGAGGAUGAAGAUGUUGACCGUGACCCAAACUUUGGCCGGUCUGUUCUGAGCCAGUACAGAUCCACUGAGAAUCUCGGGGGUGCAGACACGGAAGAAAUUACUACCACCAAAACUAUUCGCACAUCAACCUCUGUGCAGGCUCUCACCAAGAGAUUCAGUGGCAGUCAGGAUGAGCUGAGGAGCAGCACCCUCCCUUCCAGCAAGACUACAUCCACCUACACUAAAAGCUCAUAUUCAAGCUUGAAGUCUGAUUCUCCCAAGAUCACCACAACCACUACUGUGACCGAGAGGGGAGGCACUGAGAGCCCCACCACCACGCUUAGAUCCCCUGUUACCACGACGUUCACCGAGCGUGUCAAGUCUUCAAGCAAAGGGGCACAAUACACAACCUACUCACCUACCAGAACAACCAAAGUGACUGAGACAAUUGUUACCAGUGAUAAAGAUGCGGAGGACAAGCUUUACGACACGCUCAUCCCGUCGUCUAUCAAGAAUGAUUACUCACCCACAGACAGCAAAAGAACCUACUCCACUACUGAGAUCGUGACGGUGAAAAGCAGCCCUGACACUGAUGCGGAGGACAAACUUUACGACACGCUCAUCCCGUCGUCUAUCAAGAAUGAUUACUCACCCACAGACAGCAAAACGACUGUCUCCAGCUCUGAGACUGUGACGGUGAAGAGCAGCCCUGAUGGCGAAAGAACCUACUCCACUACUGAGAUUGUGACGGUGAAAAGCAGCCCUGACAUUGAUGCGGAGGACAAACUUUACGACACGCUCAUCCCGUCGUCUAUCAAGAAUGAUUACACAGACAGCAAAACGACUGUCUCCAGCUCUGAGACUGUGACGGUGAAGAGCAGCCCUGAUGCAGAUGGUUUUAAAAUUACAACAACCACAACGACUUCCUCUACGCCUGUGGAUGACCUGUACGACACCCUCCUGCCUAAAUCCAUCACCUCACCCACCAGAGAUGAAAGCCCAACUUACUCAUCGACAUCCACCACCCGCCGAAGCUACAGCUCGUACACUGAUGACGUUCCUUCGGUCCGCACCACCACCCGCACCAUCAGCACCAAGCCCAGUGAGGACUACAGCAGCGACCGUAAAUACAGUUACACCAGAUCAGACUCCAGCAGCAUCACCAGUCCAUCUACCUACACGACAGCAUAUAGGAGCAGCAGCAGCUCGGACGACAUCCUGUCAGAUACAUCCUACUCUAGAUCCUCCAUCAAGAGCCUGUAUGCAUCUCCUGAGAGGACGGUGCUCGAGAAGGACCUGUGCACCUACUGCCGCAAACCCUUCACUGGCGACGCCAAGAUGAUCCUGGAUGACAUGAAGAUCAACUGCCACGCACACUGCUUCAAGUGUGAGGUGUGUGACGGCACUCUGGGUCAUAUGAAAGCUGGGGACAGCAUGUGGAUCUACAAACGCAUGGUGCACUGUGAGAACUGCUUUGAGGUCACCAGAGAGAAGUGGCGUCGCUGAGUUUUUUCCGGCCUUCCUUGGAGACAUCCACACAUGAAGAUGGAUUACAGUUUUUGGGUGACCUGGGUUUGAUUUUACUUCAUCUGGGUGUUUUGUCAUUCAACAGAUACAUUAUGAAUGAGUAACAGGCACACAAACUUUUGCAGCUAGUUGUUGACAUCAUGAUAUUCUCUGUAUUUAGUCCUUUCACAAAUCUGGGAAAGCGUUUCUGAUAUUCUCCUUAAGUCUGCAGCCUUCAGCGAGACUCUUGUGUGUUACAUGUCAAGAGAUAUUAUUGCAAUAUUUUUGGGCCGGGGGCUUUUCUUUGUGCAAUAAAGGCAAUCAGUGCAUCUUUAGCUAUUUUUCUUUGUUCAUGUCAUUGUUCACGCUUUGAUUGUCCGUAUGAAGAAAUACAAAUUGGAAUGCAGCAGAAUAAAAUGGAAUAAAGAUGAAAAUAUUUCA